AUGAAGAAAACGGAAGCUGCUAUAGCUAAAGAUGAAGCCUACAAAGAGCCCUGCUUCGUGUACUCCCGGGUCGGGGGCAACCGGACAUCCCUGAAGCAGCCCGUGGGCGACCGCGACAACACGCUGACGUUCGAAGCAAGGUUUGAGAGUGGUAAUCUACAGAAGGUAGUCAAAGUGGCAGACCACGAAUACCUGCUGACGGUGCGUCCCGACCUCUUCACCAAUAAGCACACCCAGUGGUACUAUUUCCAAGUCACUAAUACCCAGGCAGGAAUAGUCUACAGGUUCACGAUUAUCAAUUUCACCAAGCCCGCUAGUCUUUACAGCCGGGGUAUGCGCCCACUCUUUUAUUCUGAGAAAGAGGCCAAGACUCAUAACAUUGGCUGGAAGAGAAUAGGGGACCAAAUCAAGUAUUACAGGAACAACCCCGGGCAAGAGGGGCGCCACUAUUUCUCCCUCACGUGGACAUUUCAAUUUCCACACAGCAAAGACACCUGCUACUUUGCUCACUGCUACCCGUACACUUACACCAACCUGCAAGAAUACCUUUCCAGCAUCCAUAAUGACCCAGUGAGGUCCAAGUUUUGUAAAAUACGUGUCUUGUGCCACACGAUUGCUAGGAACAUGGUGUACGUCUUAACGAUCACUACCCCCUCGAAGGACGGGGACUCAAGGAAGCGUAAGGCCGUGAUUUUGACCGCGAGGGUGCACCCCGGAGAGACCAACAGCUCUUGGAUCAUGAAAGGCUUCCUCGACUAUAUUUUAGGAGGCUCGCGUGACGCGCAGCUGCUGCGGGACACUUUCGUCUUCAAGGUGGUGCCCAUGCUGAAUCCCGACGGUGUGAUUGUAGGAAAUUACCGGUGUUCCCUAGCGGGACAGGAUUUAAACCGGAACUACACCUCUCUCCUGAAGAAGCUGUUCCCUUCUGUGUGGUCUACGCGGAACAUGAUCCGUAGACUGAUGGAGGAACGAGAGGUGGUUUUGUACUGCGACCUCCACGGCCACAGCAGGAAAGAGAACAUCUUCAUGUACGGCUGUGGUGGCAGCGGCAGAUGUAAAGCACUGUACCUACAGCAGCGAAUCUUUCCACUUAUGCUGAGCAAAAACUGUCCAGAUAAAUUUUCCUUCUCAGCUUGCAAGUUUAAUAUCCAGAGGAGCAAACAUGGAACAGGAAGGGUGGUAAUGUGGAAAAUGGGCAUCAGGAACAGCUUUACCAUGGAGGCCACCUUUUGUGGAUCCACUCUGGGUAAUAAACGAGGCACUCAUUUCAACACAAAAGACUUGGAGUCCAUGGGAUAUCAUUUUUGUGAUACUCUCUUGGACUAUUGUGAUCCAGACCGCAGUAAGAGCAAUAGAAAACAUCUGAAAACAAGGAAGGAAAGAAAUUCUGCCAUAGCAAGCUGCCACCAUGACAGAGACCGUCAAGAGGAUUGUGAUAAAGGACGUUUCCUGCGAAGACACGAAGCCUCAAAUCCCGAUGUGAAAGAUAUGAGGCCAAACAUACCAGUUGAUUGUGUGUUUGAUUAUCUGAGAAGACGGCUUCCUAAUCCGGGUUUGGAUCUGCAUCACAACAUAAAAGGCAAAAUGAAAAAAUCUACAACUUUCCAAAGCAAGAAGACUGGCAUAAAUUGGACAGAUGACGAAAAAAGAAUAUACAGGAAUAAAAGGCUGACUCAAACCGAAGAGAUACUGCAGUAUUUGAUCCCUCUCGUAAAAAGCACUAAAAACGUGCAAACCACUCAGAUAAAACAGAUACUCAGUCCAAGAACCUGCUUCCAGAACCAGCAUCAGUAAGUCAAUGCAAUGUUAAACCGAGCUACUUGUGCGAACGAAAAGAGAUACGGCGCCACUUGGGUGCCGCCCAGACACUCUUUUAUGAGCCAAAGGAACCUCAUGGUGAGCUCUUCAGAAUGGCUCCAGCCUGUGUCCCAGAGGUCAUUUUCAAGUCUGUCAACUUUCAAAGGACAGGACGAAACAUGUUCUCACGUCAAGGCCAUAAGGACUAAAGGCAUGACACCCGUCCACAGCAAAUGGGAGACCCCUUCCUCGAGUUUUGAAAAAGAUGCGACGAUUAUCAGAGGCAGGAGUCUUCAAGCUAAAGAAUCCAACCAGCGAAGCCCUGUGCAGUAGCUCCCCGCUCCCACCGAGAACAAGGGUGAGCAGCCAGAUAAGAAUGAUGGACAGCCCACCUUCCAUCUGGAGUUCCAAAGGCAGAAAGAAUGUAGCUUCACGCUGCUCUGA